AUGAGUGAUACCAACGACCAGUACGAUCUACGAAGCUUCGCGAACGAGCAAGGCGAUGUACGAUCAGUUGCGAACGAGCAACCAGGUCAGAGCAAUGCGAACGAGCAGAGCGAUCAACCAGCUGUUGUGAGCGCGCAACAUGGACAAAACGAUCAGUCAGGACGAACAUACCUGAAGCUGGUUCACUCCAGAAGUGGUCACAAGACAUGCAUUUCUAAGCAUAGGCAUCGAAUAAACUCAAUCCGAUCGUCCAAUCCAGUGACUGAUCUUGCUGGCUUGCGAAUUUCUCUUGCGGUCAUAAGAGAGACCCUCACAUCGAUCAGUGAAAAGGAUCGAUUGAUAGAGGACGUUGUACCAGACGAACGUCUGCAAGCCGAGCUUGAAACGGCUUGCGAGUUCAGAGCGGAGGUACGAGAAUUCAUUCAGCAGACGAAUGAUUUCUUGGAAGAUCAGCAAGCGUCUUCCAGGGGGUUAACAGGAGAAGCGAGCGGGCUUCAUACAAUGUUCUCACCAAGAUCAAGUCAGAUCAAGCUGCCUAAGAUAGAUCUUCCCUCCUUCAGUGGGAAGUAUACAGAGUGGACGAGCUUCAUCGAUCAGUUCGAUUCUGCUGUACAUGGAAACCCAAACCUCCAAAACGCUGAGAAGUUGAACCACCUCAAGUCUUCGCUUCGAGGAGAAGCACACGAUCUGAUCAAGAAUGUAGCAGUAACAGACGUGAACUACGAGCUCGCAAGGAGGACUCUAAUGGACCGAUUCGACAACAAGAGGUUCAUUGUAAGCAUGCAUCUCAGUGCUGUGUUAAACUACCCGACUUUGAAAGCCGAAGAUGGAACAAACCUCAGGAAGCUUUUGGAAUGUUUCCGCGAAAAUGUGGCUGCAUUAGAAGUGCAAGGCUGUAAUACUCAAGACUGGGAUCCAAUACUGGUUCAUGUGAUUGAGCAGAAACUGGAUCCAGAAAGCCAAAAGCAAUGGCAGCUUCACAACCCAGGAAGAGAGCUCCAGACACUACACGAGCUUGACAAUUUCAUUAGUGCGCGAGCGAGGGCACUAGAAGCAGUGAAGUCAUCAAUCACUUUACAGAAACCAACGACUCGAAUUGAAGCACAUGCUGAUAUCCAAAGUAAAAUCGACCGAAGGCAAUCGUAUGGAGCAACAACUGUGGACGAGCAAUGUGUGUUUUGUGGAGCACUUCAUACUGUAACUGCAUGCAACGAGUUCAAGAAGUUGAAAGUACAUACACGGAAAGACGAAGUGACUUCCAAACGACUGUGCUUUAAUUGUUUGCGCCCAGGGCAUAUGGUAACGAAAUGCCCAAGCACUCACAAUUGUAAGCAGUGUGGUAAAAGACACCAUUCUCUUCUUCACACGGACAGUCAGCGCAGGGAACAACCUAUUACAACUGAGAGAAAGACUGUGAACGAUUGUCAUACGAGUGGAAACAACCUGUGUACUGUAAUUAGUGCUACGGAACCUGACAAAACGGCCCUACUUGGAACUUGCAGGAUACCGCUGUUCAACCAUCACAGACAAGAAAUCAUUUGCCGCGCCUUGAUAGACAAUGGAUCGCAGUUGAACUUCGUCAGUGAAAGCUUCGUACGAAGGAAUGGAUUGCCUCGUAAAUCAGUCAACCAAACAGUGAAACCAGUUGGAACUGCCCCCCCAUUGGAGACGAGAGGACUGGCUCCAAUAACUUUGUCAUUGCCCGGAGAAGACACACUACGAGCAGACUUCUUCAUCAUGCCUCAAGUCACAUCAGAUCUACCAGGAGACGAUGUGGAUGUACGCGAACAUAACCUUCCAUCUCGAUAUGCGCUGGCCGAUCCAGCUUUUGACAAAAGAGGAAGGAUUGAUCUUCUAUGUGGCGUUGAACUGGCAAACGAGCUCACCACUGGUAAACGGAUACGAGAAGGGUCUCUCACCUUGGAUGAAUCAAUUUUUGGCUGGAUUGUGAGUGGAUCAGUACAGUUACUAAGCAAGUGCAAUGCUGAUAGAGUUUUGCAAACAAACUUCGUCCGUCAGGAGUCUGAUCUGGACAUUAGUCGCUUUUGGACAAUUGAGGACUUGCCUUUGAACCGAUGCCCUCGAUCGAAGGAUGAAGAAUUUGUUGAGGAUCAUUUCGACAAAACAACCAUAACUAAGCCAGAUGGUCGCUACUCUGUUAGUUUGCCUUUCAAGACAACCGUUGGAACCCUCGGCGAAUGCAAAGCCAAUGCACUCAAACGAUUCUUCAGUCUGGAACGCAAGCUUAAGCAGGAUGUGGCUUUGUACACUCAGUACCGAGACUUCAUCAAAGAGUUCCAAGACAUGGGUCACCUAGAAGUCGUACCACCAGAUGAGCUCGCAAUGUCAGAGAAAAGAUGCUACUACCUUCCCCACCACUGCGUUCUAAAGGAUAGUACAACUACAAAGCUACGAGUUGUCUUUGACGCUAGUGCUCUUACUAGUACCCGAAUUUCACUGAACGAUGCACUGAUGGUUGGCCCUAAGCUUCAAGACGAUUUGUUUGAUCAUCUGCUAAGAUUCCGAUGCUACCCCAUUGGAAUCACCGGAGACAUUGAAAAGAUCUAUCGUCAGGUGGCUCUUAACAAGGAGGAUAAGGACUUCCACCGAAUUCUCUGGAGAGAUGUGCCCGACCAACCAAUAGAUACAUACAGGAUGACCCGAGUGACAUAUGGAGUUGCUAGCAGUUGCUAUCACUCUGUUCGAUCACUCAUAGAAGCAGGAAAGCAUUCUUGUGUCGAAGAAACAAUCAGUCGAGACUUCUACGUCGAUGACUGGUUGACUGGCGCAGAUGACUUACCCUCGGCGAAGAAACUGAUCAAUGACGUUAGAUGUCAGCUAGCAACGAAACAGUUUCCUCUACGGAAAUUUGUAAGCAGCUCAAGAGAAGUCAUGGAAUCCUUGCCCAGUGAGUUGCGCGAAAACGAACACGAGUUCUCAGCAAAACACUACUCUGUGAAAGCAUUAGGAAUCAAGUGGCUUCCGACAAACGAUGUCUUCGUCUUCAAAGUAGCCCACGAUCUGAAGGAGAACAUGACAAAACUAUCUCUACUCUCAGACAUCUCUAAGAUCUUUGAUCCUCUGGGCUGGCUGACUCCGAUGACGCUUCCGUUGAAACUCAUCAUGCAAUCCUCUUGGUCGCGGGGAAUCAAUUGGGACGACAAACUCCCCGAUGAUAUGAUGGAGACGUUUCUAAGGUGGAGGACUAAAGUUCACAAUGUGGAGAAUUUUGACAUACCGAGACAUGUUGUGGAGGACAGUUUUGAGCUUCAUUUGUUUUGUGACGCAUCAGAAACCGCAUACGCCAGUUGUAUCUACGUCAGGAACAUAAAGACGAAAUCAACCAAUCUUUUUGUGGCUAAAUCAAGAGUGGCACCUUUGAAACCGUUGACGAUCCCCAAAUUGGAAUUGUGUGCAGCUGUGCUAGGAUGCAAGUUGCUGGACCAUACGAGGAAAAGAUGGACCAUACGAUCCUACUUCAAAAAAUAG